GUAAGUCAUUGAGUCAUUCAUUCUCACAUGAAUCACGAAACCGAUUUACAAAUAAAUAUCCACACUUCGCUUUCCACGCUUUCACAACACAAUCACAAAACACACAGUUUCUUAAAAGAUACUCUGUCUUUCACUUAAAAAAACACAUCAGAUCCCAAAGAUUCGAAAGCUAUGGAGCAAAUUCAAGUCGGAGAUUCGAAUUGCUGCGACAGAGGAAGUCCCCGGAUCGACGGGAUUGUUUUGGUCGGCGGAGAAUCGCCGCGACUCGAUACUCUGCCGGAAGAUUGCAUCUCUAUGGUAAUCUCUCAUACUACUCCACGCGACGCUUGCGCUGUGGCUUCGGUUUCGAAAACCGUUAAGUCGGCGGCUCAGUCGGAUUUGGUCUGGGAGACGUUUCUUCCGUCGGAGUAUGCAUCGAAGAAUUGCUCGUCGAAGAAGGAGGUUUAUCUCUCUCUCGCUGAUGAUUCCGUUCUGAUCGAUGACGGCAAAAAGAGCUUUUGGUUGGAGAAAUCUAGCGGAAAGAAGUGUUACAUGUUGUCCGCGAUGGAUCUAACAAUCAUAUGGGGAGAUUCUCCUGAUUAUUGGCAGUGGAACACUGUUCCUGAAUCUAAGUUUGAGAAAGUAGCAGAGCUUCGUGAUGUGUGUUGGUUCGAGAUUCGCGGCAAGAUAAGCUGCGGGAUGCUUUCAAAGGGGACACAUUACUCGGUCUACGCAGUGUUCAAGAGAGCAAACGAUGGAUCACACGGGUUCGACCACGUGCAUGUGGAAGCUGGAGUCGGGUUUGUGGGGAAAGAAGCUACCAAAACAUCCGUGUUUCUCGAGCCUUCCGAUAGGGUUCCCGACCUUCCUGAUUUCUUGCGAGACUCGCUCGUGCCGGUGUACGAAGGGUUUGGGGCGGGGUCAUGGGAAGAGGUUGAAGGAGAGAAGGAGGUUGUGGAAGAGCCCAAGGAGGUCGUGGAGGAGCCCAAGGAGAGAGGAGAUGGGUGGAGUGAAGUGAAGCUUGGCAAGUUUGAGAUUAACGAUGUGGGUUGUGAUGACGGUGAUGAGAUUGAGUUUACUCUUAUGGAGACUGAGAUGGGACAUUGGAAGAGUGGUUUGGUUUUCCAGGGAAUCGAGAUUAGGCCUGUGAAAGAAGAGGAAGUGGUGACUAAAUAAUCAAAAAUUUCGACAACAUCUGAUCAAAAUUGUGUUGUUUGAAAGUAUGAACAGGAGGUUUAAAGCUUCUGGACUUCAAUGUCUGGAGUUUGUUUAACUUUGGUAUGAAAAGCAAGAAGUUGUUGAACAGAAAGAAAAAAAAAAAUAACAGCAAAAAGUUGAGAGUUUAGCUCUCUCGUGUACCAUUUGUGUGUUUAAAUGCGAAGAACUUAAUAUAUGACAGAAGCUUGUUUUGCUAUUUGUGUUAGUUUUUUCUUAGUUUGUUAUUUUGGAUAUUUUCAAGAGAAAUGUAAAAAAUCCACUGGUGUAUGCAUUGUUUUGGUUCUAUCGAAAGAAUUAUUUGGUAAAGUGAAUUUGGGAUGUG